CUUGUUCUCGCCUCAUUGACAAGUGCACGAGAUUUCUCCGAGAUUUCAAAAUUUCGUAAGGUGACUUACACAACAUUUUUCAUAUGUGAGGUCAGAACUACACGUUUAUGCAGUAAAAAGAAAUGUACAGUCAAUAUCAGCCCUCUACCUAUCCUGCUACGAAAAAUCACUACACAACUGCAGCAACUGCUCAAUCCAACAGUCAAACUUCACACUCAAAUAGUGACCUUGACGGUUUUGUGGUAAAGAUAUCAGAAAAGUAUCUCCCGUUAAACAAGGUUGUCUUACCCAUUGACUUUGACAACAGGAAGCGCAACAUUCAACAGCUACAUUACGACUUUUCUCUUGAAGAGAAAGUGUUGGCCAGUGGUUGUGGUUAUUAGGGAUGUCGGCUGCUCGAUACAAGAACUUCUUGCGACUCUGCAAGAACUGGCCUUUGGAUAAAUCAAAGACAGGACGUGAUAUUGGUGAACGAAUUCGUGCAAAAAUUGGUGAAGCUUUUCGUCAAGGUGAAACAACAACCCUCAAUGAGGCUGAAUGUGACAGGUUGUAUGCCAGUCUAUCUCGAUUGAAUACCAACUACUAUAAGAAUCUCUAUAAACGUAAUGGUGAUUCAACAGCUAUGGGCGCCACACAGGAGGAAUGUAACUUGGUUAUAUCUAACGAAGGACAAGAGGCAUUGAGAGCCCAUGCUGAUCGCUCAAAGUGGGACACUAUGAAAGGAUACAUGGGCAUGGCUCCAAUGAAAUAA